CGUCUCUGUGUUGUUUACUUGCAAACAUCCGUGUUCACGCAUCUUGUCAAGAAAUCGUGCUGGUUGCUGCUCAAAUAUAUCACAGUGUCACUUCUUUAAGUCACAGCUUGGACUUGUUGCUUCCGACCUUAAAUAUGUCGUCUGUGGAAGUUCGUGCUGUGCAGCUCCCAGCCGCAGAGAACCCAGUGAAGAUGGUGAAAGCCACUGCAGGUCUGAGGAGGGCUGCUCUCGGAGAGAUCACCAACUUUAAUGGAGCUGCAGUCAACACAAAGUUUCCUCAGAGGACCGGACCAGCCAAAGCUUCAGCCAAAGCCUCAGUGAAACCAUCUAGUGCCCCUAAAGCUGUGAUGAAAGCAUUCGUUGAGGCCCCAGCACCUGCAGAUCCUCUCCCCACAGUUUCAGAGGAGUCUGCUGAUGUGUCCAUGAAGGAGGAGGAGGAACUAUGCCAGGCUUUCUCUGAGGCGCUGCUCACUGUGCAGGACGUCGACGAGCAGGACUCAGACCUGCCGCAGCUCUGCUCAGAAUAUGUUAAAGAUAUCUAUAAUUAUCUACAUGUCUUGGAGGUGCAGCAGGCUGUACGAGCAAACUACAUGCAGGGUUAUGAAAUCACUGAACGCAUGAGAGCGCUGCUGGUCGACUGGCUGGUCCAGGUCCACUCCAGGUUCCAGCUGCUGCAGGAGACUCUGUACCUCACAGUUGCCGUCCUGGAUCGUUUUCUGCAGGUCCAACCGGUCUCUCGCAGAAAGCUGCAGCUUGUUGGCGUGACUGCCAUGCUGGUGGCCUGUAAAUAUGAAGAGAUGUACGCCCCAGAGGUGGGAGACUUUGCCUACAUCACAGACAACGCGUUUACCAGGCCUCAGAUUCUGGAGAUGGAGCAGCUGGUUUUGAGGACUCUCAACUUUGAGCUGGGACGUCCUCUUCCAUUACACUUCCUCAGACGGGCUUCCAAGGUGGCUGAUUCUGAUGUAGAGAGACACACGCUGGCCAAGUAUCUGAUGGAGUUGACCCUCCUGGACUACGACAUGGUGCACUAUCGCCCCUCUGAGAUUGCUGCUGCAUCACUCGCUCUGUCCCAGCUGCUGCUUGACGGGCUGCCGUGGUCUUCUACACAGCAGCACUACUCCACUUAUGACGCCGUCCACCUGAAGCCAAUCAUGCAGCACAUCGCCAAAAACGUUGUGAUGGUAAAUGAGGGGAAGACUAAGUUCCAGGCCGUCAAGAACAAGUACUCGAGCAGCAAACUGAUGAAGAUCGGCCUCAUCCCUCAGCUGAAGUCGUCCAUCAUUAAGAACAUGGCGGCUGCGCUGCUGGACAAGCCUUGAGGCGAACUUUUACAUCUCAUCAUUGGACAUUUCACUUGCAGCACUUUAUUUUAGAUUGAGAAACUUUACUUCAAAUGUAUUUAUAAUUGUAAAUCUAAAGUUUGUUCAGAAUUGUACUCUUAUUUAUGUUUUUGCCAUAACUCUUUGUGGUACACCAGAUUUACCUCUAAUGCACCUUGAACUGCAGUGUCAAUCAAGCACGAGUUGUUAACUUGCGUCGCUUCCAAUCAGAAGUUGGACCACCAGUUUGUGAAGAUGGACUGAUGAAGAUUUCUUGUGCUUACUAACUGGUUGACUUGUGCUUUAGUGUGGGAAGCCAGAGCCUUUUGUUGUUUUGCCUCUGUUUUUAGUUGUACUAUCAUGCAUUUUAAUGUUUAUAUGUCAUGCAUGUUUUAGAAUUCAUGGACAUUGUUGGAUUUACCUGUAUCCACUUUAUGAUGAUGCAGAAGUUUGGGGUUUUUAAUUGCUAUGUUUGUAAUUUAGCAAAUUCUUUGAUUCAUAGUAACAAACGGAGCCAGCUAAUGUUGGGAUCUGGAUUUGUAAAUCCAUCACAAGUGUGUAUUUAGUAGGAACUGUAUUAUGCUACCCAGUUUCAAGUCAAUCUUCACCUACUAGUAAUAUUUCACUAAGCUAUGUCUUGAGCUUGGCAAAAGUUGUUGCCACCAGUUCCAAAAUGGUAACAUUUCACUGACUACUCACAAUUAAAGAAUCAAUUUUAAACAACAAAA